CCCACGGGAAUCCCAGCGUAGGCCUGAUGCGGGUGCAGAGCUGAAACUGGGCUCGCAGGGAGGAUCAGCCUUGCAGGCAAGCAGCUGACGCUUUUGACUGACUCGGCUGGGGGGCAGGUCUAGAAUUAGGAGUUACAACCUUUCCGCUCCACUCCUCUCUGCCUCCGCGGUUGACUUGUCAGGUCAUUCCUAAAGCAGGCCCUUAGGUAGCUGUGUCGAAGUGAAGCAAUUCCGAGGAUUUAAGCUCCUAAGUUAUUCGAGGCUCGCGUUUCUGCUGCUAAUCUUAUAGGGGUCUACCGGCUCGCCAUGACCUACAUGCGAGUUGGCUAACUCUCAGAAAGUCGGGUCUAGUAGCCUCUUAUCAGCGGGAAGUAAAAGCUCUGCCAAGAUGUUUAAAGCUUUUGGAUCCAAGAAGGAGAAAUUCGAGUUUCGAUUUAGGUUUCAUGCCACUCGGGUGCCGGCGACGGGGUUCGAGCGGCUGGUGGUGUCGUUGAUCCCUGUGGACACGGGGAAGCUGGAGGGGCAGACGCCCAAGGGCGUGGUGCGCAACGGCACGUGCACGUGGACCGACACCGUCACGGAGGUCGCUCGCCUCGCGCGGAACCCCAAGGGGAAGGGCUUCGAGCAGAAGGUGUACCGCCUGAUUGUGUCCACGGGCUCCACGCGGGGCGGCAUUCUGGGCGAGGCGACGCUGAACCUGGCGGACUUUGCGGGCUUCAACCAGCUCGACCAGCGCGCGCUGCCGCUCAAGUACUGCCCCGCCGGCACCGUCCUGCACGUGACCAUUCAGUGCACGUCUCGCGACCCCAGGGAGGGCGAGGAGUCGGACACGGGCCAGAGCGAGAACGAGGAGGACCUCACGCCCAAGAAGCCGGGCGCGGGUGUUGCUGCUACUAAAGGUGCAGGAGCAGCGGCAGCAGGUGGUGCAGGUGGCGGGGUGCAUGGGGCAGCAGCGGCAGGAGGGCCGAAGCGGAUGAGCAAGAGCAAGUCGGACGCGAGCGAGCAGGUGCUGUCCAGCAUCGACCUGCCCAACACCGCCACGCCCACAAAGGGACAGAAGCACUACCACCCAAACGAGCCAACGAAUAAUCAUCACCAUCAGCAGCAGCAGCAGCAGCAGCAGAAGGGACCCCAAGUUUCGGCAACCCCUUCAAUUGGUCGCUCUUCCAGUCUGCCAUCUAAUCAGGACGACAACGACUCCGCGGAUGCCCUAUAUGAGCGCAACAGGGGCAGGGGUGGAGGGGCGCACGCGGGGGAGGCGCAUGGGCGUGCGGGUGCCAAGGAGCAGCCCGUGGGGGGUGAGGGGAUGCGCGAUGCUUCCCCGCGCCACGCAUCUCCCCUGCGCGGGCGGUUUGGGCGCGACCCUUCCCCCGCGCGCGUGCAUGCACAGGGGGCGGAACAGAAGGACGCGGGGAAGGAGAAACAGCAUGGGGGGGUGAGGGCGAGAUCACAGUCUCGAGAGAGAGGAAGGGAGAGAGAUAAGGAAAAAGAGAGGGAGAGAGAGAAGGAAAAGGAAAGAGAAAGGGAGAAGGUGAGGGAAAGGGAACGGGAAAGGGAUAGAUAUAGGGAUAGGGAUGAUGAUAGGCAUAGAGAAAAAGAGAGAGAACGAGAAAGAGGGGGAGACAGGUACAGGGAGAGAGAAAGAGAGAGAGACAGGAGUAGGGGCAAAGAGCGGGAGAAAGAGAAGGAGAAGGAGAGGGAGCGCGAGGAAAGAGAGAGGCUGCGAGAAAAAGAAAAGGAGCAACGGGAGAGGUUAAGGGAAAAGGAACGUGAGAAGGAGAGAGAGAGGAGGGAACGGGAGAGGGAAAUGGAGAAGGAGAGGGAGAGGGAGAGAGAAAAGGAGAGGGAGAAGGAGAAGGAAAGGGAGCGGGAAAGGGAGCGUGAGAAGGAAAGAGAGCGGGAGCGUGAGUUGGAGAAAGAGAGAGAGAAGCAGCGAGAGAUGGAACUAGCAGCCAAGGAGAGGGAGUGGCAGAGGCAGGAGAGGGAGAGGGAGAAGGAGAAGGAGCGGGAGAGGGAGCGGCAGCGCCAGGAGCAGGAGCGGCAGCGGAAGCUGUUGGAGGAGCAAGAGAGGGAGGAGAUGCGGCAGGCAGAGGAGGAGUUGGAGGAGGAGGCGAGGCGGGUGAGGAUGGAGCGCGAGUGGCAGCGGCAGCAGCGGGAGGAGGUGAGGAGGCGGCAGUACGCCAUGGACUCGGCCUCGGACGGCACCUCCCAGGGGGGCAUGCCGGAUGCCAUGUCGCCUGGGCUGACCCCCUCCAUGGGGGCGACAGGGACAGGGACAGGGAUGGGGUAUACGGGGUGUGAUGGGAGCGAGUAUGGGGAGAGGACGCCUGGGGAGAUGAUGGGGGAGAAUGAGUUUACUCAAGACCUGCAGUCGCCCACUGGGAUGGAGUCCAUGGGUGGUGCGACCCCCAUGGGUGCAACGCCCAUGACUGACAUGUUGUUAGGCAGGGCCUUAGGCAGCUGGAGCAAGGGCCCGGGGGGGCCGGGGGGCCCAGCAGGGACGCCUCAGACGCCUGCGAGUAUGGUAGGCAGCACUGCUACCGUCCCCGGCACUGGCACUGAUCCGCGUUAUAAGCCCGCCUGGGCGGAAUCAGGGGGGGCGAGCGCAGCAGGGGGCGGCAUGGCCGCAGGGGGAGGCGGUGGGGGGGAGGGACACCUGGUUUCCCCGCCGUCUAGCAUGAACUCGUCCCCAGUGGCCACCCCGCAGCACCAGCAGCAGCACCAGCACACGCGCCUAGCCUACCCCGAGUACUACCAAACGUCAGGUAGAGCCGGCAGUGGGGGCGGAGGGAGCGCCGCCAGUGGCGCUGCCGGCACCGCCUAUGGCAACCACCACGGGGCUGGUGCGCGCGGGCAAGGGCCGGGGGGAGGCAGCGGAGGGGGAGGGAGCGCGGGAGCCAAGGGGGUUGCGGGCCUGCCGUCCCCCAGCGCGGGAGCAAUGUCGCCUGUGCCUGCUGGGCCCAUACCCGAGGGGUUCAGCCCGCUAGGGGGUGGGGCAGGCGCGGCUGCCAUGAGGGACUACCCUGGUGAGCUGGCAGCAGCAGAGGCGGCUAUAGAGGAGCUCCAGAGAGACUGCGUGAAGUACCAGCUGAACGCGAGGAACCUCACCAGGGAGGUGGAGAGCCUAAGGAGUCAACUGGCUGAGGCAAUUACCCAGGACCAGAGGGCGGAUAUCGCUAUAGGCGAACUUAAGGGCGAGAGGGAUCAGCUGCAGGAGGAGUUGAACCAGCUGCGGAUGGGGAAGGGGGGAGGCGCGGGGGAUGUGGGGGGUUCGGUGCUGGGGGAGGGGAGCGAGUGGAGCAUGGGCGGGGCGGGGGGCAUGCGGGGCGGGAUGGAGGGCAGCCGGGAGCUGGAGGUGCUGAUGGAGGAGGUGGAGUACCUCAAGGGCACGGUGGACAGCCUAUCGGCGCAGCUCGAGGUGUUUCAGCGGGACAACGUGGAGCUCUCCAAGUCGCUAGAGCAGGCGGAGGGGGAGGCGGCUAAGUACAGGAGGGACGCGGAGGAGUCGUUUGAGGACAGGCGAGAGGCGCAGGCGGUGGUGAAGCGGCUGCAGAAGCAGAUGGAGGAGAGGGAGGCGGAGUGGAGCCGGCGCCUGGCGGAACUGGCUGGGGGGAACGCGGCCCCAGAGGGGCAUGUGGGCGUGGGUGGGUCGGGGGUUUCGGAAGGCGUGGGGGGGGUAGGCGGAAGCGUGCAGUCGUCGGUUAAGAGGAGUCUGUUCGGGGGAGGGACGGACAGGCGGGCGGGGCUGGUGCCAAGGAAUCUUCGAGACGAGCUGGAGCUAGCAACAGAGAGCGAAGGCGAGGUGAGGGGGGGGUAUGGCAGCAAGCGGUACGCGGGGUACGAUGGGCAGGAGAGCAGCGGGACGGCGGGGAUGACGUGUGACGAUGAGAGCAUGCUACUGGAGCUGCAGCAGAAGGUGGAGGACUUGGAGCGAGAAGCCCAGGAGCUGACAGCGGAGAGUCUGGAGCUGGCGACGAAUCUGAACAUAGCGAACAAGGAGGCGGAGCAGAAGGAUGCACUGAUCGAGCGGCUCAAGCAGGAGCUGGUGGCGGCCAGAGGGGGGAGGGGUCUCCCGGCGAGCAUAGUGGAGCUGCUGCAGGCCAAGCCCAAGCCCAAGCUGUACCAGCCCGUACAGCUCAGGCAGCAGCGGCCCGUGCCGCCGCCGCCGCCCCCUGCUCCUCCUGCCCCCUGCCUCUGCCCCAAGUGCUCUGAGCCCUCCUCCCCCGCCCUCUGCCCCAAGUGCACUCCCCCUCCUCCUCCCCCUCUCCCGCCUCCGACGCCUCCUCCCCCCACUGCUGCCCCUGCUCCUGUGGUAGAAGAACCUUCCGAGAAAUCAGAGACCACGGUAAAGGCUGUGCGCAGUGAGGGCAGCAGCGCGCACGAGGAAGAUGCGCGGAAGCUGCAGGCGCGCGUGCAGGAGCUGCUGGAGCAGCUGCGGGUGCAGCGGCUGGAGGCACAGACGGCCAAGGAGGAGGCGGUGCAGCUGAGGAGCAAGGUGCGGGUCACUGAGAUGGCGACACAGAGGGCGAACGAUAGACUGAGUAUCCUGGAAGAGUAUGAGAGGAGGGCUAGGGAGGUGGAAGCUGAGCUGGAGAGCACCAAGAAGCUGCUGGCGGCGGGCCGGCGGGCGAGGGAAGAAGCGGAGAGGCGGCAUGAGUUGGAGGUGGAGCAUCUGAAAGAGGCAAGGGCGGACGUGGAGAGCCAGCUGACGCGGUAUGUGGAGGAGGUGGGGCGGCUGGAGAAGAAGUGUGCGGAUGAGGCUGAGGCGGGGAGGGAGCUGAGUGAGCGGCUGGCCCAGGUGCUGGAGAAUGGGACAGGUGGGAUUGACCUGGAGGAUUCUGCCACGCUGGCAGCACGGGCGGAGGGGCUGGAUGCGGCUGGCAAAGUGGCGCUGCUUGCUGAGGUGGCGUCCAAGUGGCGUGCGCAGGCGGCUGAGCUGGCGAAGGAGAAGGAGAAGCUGCUGGGGGAGAAGGGUGACGUGGAGGCGAGGAUGCAGGAGUUAGAGGCUGGUAUGGGGUCAUGGCGGAGCGACAAGGCGGGGCUGGAGAAGCAGGUGAGGCAGCUGGACGAGGGGAGGAGGCUGGCGGAAUCUAGAGUGCAAGAGGUGGAGCUACAGCUAUCGGCCAUGCAGGAGUUACUGGAUGAAGCCAAGGCGGAUUCUGCUGCCGCUGCUGCUGCUGCUGCUGCUGUGAGGUGCAGCGGAGGGAUGAGUGUGGCGGAGAUAGAGGGCAUGCGGGAGAGCAACCAGAAGGCCAGGCGGCGGAUUGUGGAGCUCGAGGGGCAGGUGAAGGCGUUGGAGAAGCGGCUGGAGGAGUGGGAGGUAAGGGAGUUGUCUGGGAUGGGGAGUGGUGGGGCGGGGCGUGGGAAGGGCAAGGAGCUGGAGGAGGCUCGGAAGAGGAUUGCCGAGCUUGAGGCGGAGGCUCGGAAGGUGGCUGGGGAGACGGGGGCGGGGAGGAGGGAGGUGGAGAUGCGGAUGCUGCGGCUGGAAGGGGCGUGCAGCAAGCUGGAGGCGGAGCUCCAGGAGGCGAACACGGGGAGGAGACGGGCGGAGGAGAGGGUAACAGAGGUGCAGGCGCAACUGGUGGUGGUGACGACUGAGGCGAGAGCUGAGGCGGGCCGAGGGAAGGAGCUGGAGGGGAGGUUGCAUCGAGCAGAGGCGAGGGAGGGGGAGUUGAUGAGUGAGGUACAGGGGCUCGAGGGGCGGGUGAAGGAGAUGGAGAGGGAGAAGGAACGGUUGGGUAGGGUGCUGGGGCAGGAGGAGGCGAAGCGGGAGGCGGCAGAGGCCAGGGCGGCGGCAGGGGAGGCGGCAGGGGAGAGGGUGAGGGAGCAGAUGGGGAGGGAUCUGGCGCGGUUGAAAGAGGUGGAGGGGAAGCUGACUGCGCGGCUGCAAGGGGUGGAGAGGGAUAGGGACGAGGCGAAGACGAGGGCGGCCAAGGCGGAGGAGGGGCAGAAGCGGGAGAAGGAGGAGCGGCAGGCGGCUGUAGCGCGGCUACAGGCGGAGGUCCAGCUGCUGACUCAGCAGCUAUCUUCAUCUGUGAGCGCGAGUGGCAACCUGAGGAGAGAAAACACGAGCGCGGUGGAGGCAGCGGAGCUGAGAGCCGCCAAGGGGAAGCUGGAGGACCGGCUGAGGCGGGCAGAGGGCGAGCUAAGGGAGGCGAUAGCUGAGAGGAACAAGGCGGAGCUGGAGGUGGAGAGCCAGAGGCGGGCUGUGGCAGCUGAGAAGGCAGCGGCGCGCAGCAGAGAGGCGGCCUGGGCGAGUGAGGCCGAGGGGCUCAAGAGGGACGCGGCGGCGGCUGUGGAAGCAGCGGCUGGGCUGAGGGGGGUGCAGGAGGAGCGGGACGUGCUCCUGAGGCAGCUGGGGGAGGCGGAGGAGGCGAACAGGCGGCUGGAGGCGGCGAGGGAGGAGCUGGAGGGGGAGAAGCGCGCUCUAGUCGCCCAGCAGGGGAGCAUGGCGGUGAAAGUGAAGGAGUGCGAGCGGGUGAAGAGCGAGCUGGUGGCGGUGAGGACCGAGAAGCAGGUGCUGGAGGAGCGGCGACUGACCCUGUCGCUCAAACUGGCCAAGAUGGAGCAGGGGAUGAGCGAGCUGGAGGAUCUGAGGGCGCGGCAUGUGGCUCUGCAGGGGGAGAUGGGGGAGUUGGCGGCUAGGGCAGGGGAGGUGGGGGGGUUGCGGGAGGAGAAGGGGCGGCUGGAGGGGAAGGUGGAGGAGCUGAGGCGGCGCACAAUGGCUCUGGAGGGCGAGCUGCAGCGCAAGGCGGAGGCGUUGGCCGCUGCUGAGAGGCAGCUGGACGCCGCCAGGGAGGCUGCUGCUGGGGGAGGUGGGGGGGCGGCAAGUCAAGUAGAGAAACUUGAGAAUCAAGUACGGUCCCUGGAGCAGUCGCUGGAGACGAGCAGGGCGACAGCGGAGGCGAGGGAGCGCAGCCUGACAGAGCGGCUGGAGCAGCUGGAGGCGUCAAACGAGCUGCUGGGGAGCAAAGGGGACAAUGCCACGGCCAGACUGAACCAGGAGUUGCGCAAAGCGCAGCAGCAGCUGGGGGAGGCGCGGGUGAGGGAGACUGAGCUGCGGUGCGCUCUGGCAGCACACAAGGGGUCCGCCUCAGAGGCACACGAGGACCCUCGCAAGUCGGGGGCGCAGCGUGUGGCGAGUGGCGUGGCGGAGAGGAUGGCGAUUCUGGAGACAGAGCUGGCAGAGGCGCUGGAGGCCAACAACUCGUAUAAGGAGCAGCUCAAGCGGGCAUUGGCGAGUGCGGGAGCAGCAGACAGCAACAGUGGGCAGCAGUCGCAUGAGGGUGAGCUGGCUGCAAGGCUUGCUGACAUGGCAGCACAGCUGGACGGGUACAAAUGGGCGGCACAGACAGCAGAGGAUGAGCUGGCGCGAGUGAGGGCGGAGCAUGAGGCCGUUGCCGCUAGGCUCGCACAGGCUGAUGUGGACAAGAAGGGGAGAGGCGAGGCGGAGAGGAGGGUGAAAGCAGAUGCAGAGAAGAAAGUGGGGAGGGAGGAGAAGAAGGAAGAGAAGAGGGAUGAUAAGAGGCGCCUGGCAUCGAGGCCUGCGAGCCCUAGAGGCAAGGGUCUCACGAGCACGGCCACGCCUGCCAGUGCGAGUGCUGCCAGGCUGGGCAGAAGCAGCAGCUCCAGAGGCGUGGGCUUGCUGUAGGUAGUCUCUAGUCGUUGUGCCGUGGUCUGAAGGCUGUAAGCUGGCCUGGGCUCAGCCGCACAAUGUUGUAUGAUGUGAUGUGGGCAGAUUACUGUAGGUGGGAUAGGACGAGAUAGGGACAAGCAGUUCGUUGUCCAUCAUGUGGUGCCAGUGUAGGACUGGAGUAGAGCCCUCUAAAGAGGUGCACCGUAGGAAGGAACCAUGGUGGCUUGGGAAUGGUCAUGGUAUGGU